AUGGCUUCUCUUCCCGUCAACACUCCUUCUAAGAUUGGGACAGUCCUGGGGGAGUCCUUAGAGGCCGGCGUCCUGGCAGCCGUAGAAAUCUUGCCUUGGCCGGCAGGGGUUGAACUAGGAACGAGUUGGGGCCGACAGCAGAUGAGUGCCAGACCCUCUCCUGUCUUCCCUGAGCGACACCGCAGUGUGCUGGCAGAGAUGGGUGGUUCCGCACGCCUGGUGCCUCUGCUCACCAAGGAGGAACACCUGCUGUGGGCUGAGAGGGUCAAACCACACUUGCCUUACUGUGUUACGAUGCACAACAACCUGGUUCAGCACGGAAAGGGCCUAGUCUGUCAUGCCACCUUCUACGUGCUGCGGGACCGGCCACACUCAGUCACCGUACUGUGCAGGAAUGAGAUAAUCCAACACACACAACACAUCGGAAUAUUCUGCCUGAAGGAGGAAGUUGGCACUCUUGUAGAAGCCCUGAGGUUUUCACCUGUCAUUGACUGGGAGUACGCGAGGAGGACCCAUCUUCUCCACCUGGUCCCUCCCUACGCUGUCGAUCCCAUGGUGAAGCUGGUGCAAGAGAGGGGAGUGAAAGUGUGGUUACAAACUUGCUUCAUCUUCACCUAUGACGCUCACCUGGACCCUCACAUGCUCAGGGUACCGGCGGGCUUCCGUGUGUGCAGGCUGGGCAGAGCAGGCGUCCGUCACCUCCUGGAGAAUGCUAAGUACGGUGGAAUACCCCUGGACCUCAUGUACAGGAUGGCAGAGGGCGUGCCUUACAUAGGAGUGUACCAGGACCCAACCAGCACACAGGAGGCGACAGUAGACCCAGAGAACCUUCCUGUCGCUGGAGACGAGGAGAUACCAGUGGCUUGGUGUUGCUCGGGUCCCUCAGGAGACGUGGCCAAGUUGAUAACAGACAAGAGGUUUAGGAGACAUGGAUUUGGAAAGCUGCUGACGGCGACGUUAGCGAGGCGACAAGCUGCCCACGGUUUUAUUCCUCAUGCGUUUGUUGAGGAGGACAAUUCUGUCUCUAAAGUGAUGUUCGAGAAUUCACCAGGCUGGAGUGUGACGCAUGAAAUUAUCUGGAUAAAAAAACUUCAGGCGCCUGUAUAGUUAAGUAUUGGCGGCUGAGCAUUUGCUAUCUUUAUGGUGGUAUCUUUAUGGCCUCUCUUCCACUCAUCCUUAGAAAUAAUGUGAAAUACAAUUAAAGUAUUCUUGUAUAUUUCAGCUUAGUCAUUAUGUUUUAUGUUCCAUUUUUUCCCUUUUUUCAAUUUCCAGAAAUAUACCUAAUGGAAAAUACAAUGUAGUUAUGUUAAUAUACAUCCUUUAAGUUAUUUAUUCAUUGUUCACUCGUAAUGUUCACUUUGAUUCACUCUGUUCAUAAAAGACAGGCAUCUAUUUCCCCAAAAGCACGUUAAAUGACUUCACUGCAACAAAGCCUCAUAUUCAUCAUACUACAAAUAUAUCAACAAUUAUAUACAGGGUGUAACACAAGUUUCUGUGGAUAUUGCCAGAGGUGAAAGUACAGGUUAUUUUACGUGGAAUAUGUUCUAUGUACAUAAGCAUUUUGAGGCUUUGUUUAGCCGUGGCAAGAAAUUCAAGUGUGGCCUGGCGACAGAUAUAACGGCUGGCCUGGGCGGGUAGCCGUGGCGGAGAAACGCCGCUUCCAAACACUCCACACUAGUUGUGCAAUACAGUCUGAACGUAUUCACUGUCACUGUCUAGUGGAGAAACUGUGUGAUGUGACUUGCAUUCAGUUGAUUAGCUAUCAGCCUCGCUCCUUCCCACUUCUUGCCCUGACACUGGGCGGCGCCGCAGUGUGCUGGCAGGGACGAGUGCCUCAGUGCGCCUGGUGCGUCUCCUCACCAAGAGGGAACACCUGCUGUAGGCUGAGAGGGUCAAGCCACAUCUGUCUCACUGUGUUACAGUAAGACAGGUGUACUCACUCACUCACUCACUCACUCACCUGACUGCCUUACUCACUUGAUUUACUCAUUCACCUGGCUGAAUCACCAGCCUGAUUGUGUUAUGGUAAGACAGGUAUAGACUCUACACUCACUCACCUGGCUUACUUACCUGGCUUACUUUGUCACCUGGCUGACUCACCUAGCUAACUGUGCUACGGUAACACAGGAGGCGUACUCACUCUCUUGGCUAACUAGAGGAUCCCAACUUUCCACGAGUGCCAAAGAGAUAUUAGCAUCAACACUUACGCUUCAUCGUUAACCUCUCUGAGUCUUUCCUUCUAGCUGAGCCACAUCCAAACACUGUACUGGCUAGAAGCUGCUCAAUCUUUUAUUUCCUAUCACUUUCUUCCUUGGUGUGACAAGGUUAAAUCUCUUUCUCUUCUUCCGCUAAGACUUUAUUUCUUACCUCUUUCCUUGUAGAUGCUUAUAAAGAUUUCUUACCAUAUAAAGAUUUCGUUCCUUACUCUCGCAGUGAAUUGCUGCAUAUCAGUUUCCCCGCCAACAGAUGCGCAGCAACCUGGUGUAGGACGGACAGGUCUGUCACGAGACAUUCUACUUGGUGCGGGACCGGCCACGCUCAGUCACCGUACCGUGCGGGAAUAGGGUGAAACAGGCCGAGCUGAGCGACGAAGAUGGAAUGUCGGGCACCGGGAGCUGACGCCAUAUUGCGCUUAUAGCUGACGGCAUAUUGUGUCCACAGGUAAGCCAUUACUCUGUGGUAAAACACAACACAAAUGUACUGAUAGUAGCAGAGGCAGACUGUCAUAAGCCUCAAUAACCUUUGUAGUUGAUGUGUCAGCGAAAGAUAAGACUGUCUCACUCCCUCUCCUGUCUUCCCUGAGCGACACCGCAGUGUGCUGGCAGACAUGGGUGGUUUCGCACGCCUGGUGGCUCUACUCACCAAGAAGGAACACCUGCUGUGGGCUGAGAGGGUCAAACCACACUUACCUUACUGUGUUACGAUGCACAACAACCUGGUGCAGCACGGACUGGGCCUGGUUUGCCACGACACCUUCUACGUGCUGCGGGACCGGCCACAUUCAGUCACCAUAUUAUGCAGGAAGGAGAUAACCCCACACACACAACACAUCGGAAUGUUCUGCCUGAAGGAGGAAGUUGGCACUCUUGUAGAAACACUGAGGUCUUCACCUGUGAUUGACUGGGAGAGCACGAGGACGACCCAUCUUAUCUUGCACCACGUCCCUCCCUACGUUGCUGAGCCCUUGGUGAGGCUGCUGCAAGAGAGGGGAGUGAAGGUGUGGUCACUGACUUGCUUCACCUUCACCUAUGACGCUCACCUAGAUCAUCGCACGCUCAGGGUACCGGCGGGCUUCCGUGUGUGCAGGCUGGGCAGAGCAGGCGUCCGUCACCUCCUGGAGAAUGCUAAGUACGGUGGAAUACCCCUGGACCUCAUGUACAGGAUGGCAGAGGGCGUGCCUUACAUAGGAGUGUACCAGGACCCAACCAGCACACAGGAGGCGACAGUAGACCCAGAGAACCUUCCUGUCGCUGGAGACGAGGAGAUACCAGUGGCUUGGUGUUGCUCGGGUCCCUUAGGAGACGUGGCCAAGCUGAUAACAGACGAGAGGUUCAGGAGACGUGGGUUUGGAAAGCUGCUGACGGCGACGUUAGCGAGGCGACAAGCUGCCCUCGGUUUUAUUCCUCAUGCGUUUGUUGAGGAGGACAAUUCUGCCUCUAAAGUGAUGUUUGAGAAUUCACCAGGCUGGAGUGUAACGCAUGAAAGUAUUUGGAUCAUUGAUUGUCAGGCGCCUAUAUAGCUGAGUCUUAGAGGCUGAGGACUUGCUAUCUUUAUGGUGGUCCGCGAGACUGUAAGCUUUCCACCAGGAGCUAAUAGGGAUAAAAUGUGUGUAUGUGUGUGUGUGGGUGUGUGUGUGGAUGGGUGGGUGGUGGUCUCUGUGUUGUGAACCAGCGCCGUGUUGUCUGCCGGCCUGUUAUACAUUGAUGAUUUCUUUUAUAUAUAUGGGAAGUAGACAAGGGAGAAUGACACACGAGCUAAGUGGAUCAAGGUGUAUUAAAUUAAAUUAAAUUAAAUUAGAUUAAAUUAAAAGUCUGUUGAGAGCAGAAGUCCGUUGAAGGUGGGGCUAGUAUGGUGGUUUGCCUCUUGCCAUGCUGCCAAAUAAACCUUCGUACAUGA